AUGGCUUCCAUCCCUCACAGGCUGUUGUUUCUCCUCACUUCCCUGUGGGGAGUGACCGAAGGUGGGCACCUCCUCGUGGUGCCCAUGGACGGAAGCCACUGGUUAAACCUGAAAGCUCUGAUGGACGAGCUUGGCCGAAGGGGUCACGACGUGGUGGUUGUAGUGCCCGAGAUCAACAUGAAAAUGGGCCCAUCCCCUCACUACACAACCAAGGUGUUCCCGGUGCCUUACAGCAGGGGGGACAUGGAGAGGCUGAGGCCAAGCAUCUUCGCCAACAAGACUGUGUUCGAAAUGAUCAGCACUGGCUUCCAAAAGGCAAGCAGUCUUCAGCAGCUCCUCUUAACCACAUGUGAGAGCCUACUGUACAACACAGAGCUGAUGCGGGAGCUGGCCCAGAGAAAAUUUGAUGCAUUGCUGACUGACCCUUUUGUCCCCUGUGGCACUAUUGUUGCAGAGAACCUCUCGCUGCCCACGAUCAAUCUGCUGCGGGGGCUGCCUUGUGGCUUGGAUAACUUAGCCACGCAAUGCCCCCAGCCGCUCUCCUACGUGCCAAGGAUUUUGUCAGGGAACACCGAUCGGAUGACCUUCCUGCAAAGGAUGAAAAAUGUACUGCUCAGCUUACUGGAGCCGCUGUUGUGCUGGUUCAUAUAUUCGCCUUUUGAAGAGCUGGCCCAGAGGUUCCUUCAGAGAGAUGUGACACUGGUCCAGCUGCUGAGUCAAACUUCCAUCUGGCUGCUGAGGUACGACUUCACGCUUGAGUAUCCGAGACCUCUGAUGCCAAAUAUGGUGCUGGUUGGAGGCAUUAACUGCAAGGACAGGAAACCCUUACCACAGGAACUUGAAGUAUUUAUGAACAGCUCUGGGGAGCAUGGCGUCGUGAUCUUUACCCUUGGGUCGAUGGUGUCGGAAAUGCCUGCUGAGAUAUCUAAUCGUAUUGCAAGUGCUUUGGGGCAGAUUCCUCAGAAGGUUCUGUGGAGAUAUACUGGAGAGCUUCCUACCACACUAGCACCAAAUACAAAACUAUUAGAAUGGCUACCACAGAAUGACUUACUCGGACAUCCCAAAACGCGAGCCUUCAUCACCCACGGAGGGAUCAAUGGGAUCUAUGAGACCAUUUGCAGCGGUGUACCAUCUGUCAUGAUACCCUUGUUUGGCGAUCAAGGUUAUAACGUAGACCACAUGGUGGAUCGUGGUGCUGGAGUUAGGCUGGAUAUAGAACGCAUGAGCUCGCACGAUCUAGUCAUCGCAUUAAACACAGUUAUCAAUGAUACCAGCUACAAAGAAACCAUGAUGAAGCUGUCUUCACUGCACAAGCAUCGUCCUGUCCAUCCCAUGGACCUGUCUGUCUACUGGGUGGAAUUUGUGAUGAAGCGCAGGGGGGCAGAGCAUUUGCACCCAGCAGCUCAUGACCUCAACUGGAUCCAGUACCACAGCCUGGAUGUCAUCGGUGUGCUUCUCAUCUCUGUGGUGGCCUCUGUGUGGUCAAUGGCUAAGUGUUGCUCCUGUUGCUGUAAGCGAUGUUUGUGCGGAGCGAGGUAUCGGAUGAAGAGAAAACCAGAUUAG